AUGCCGCGAAGCCACUCCAGGCCUCGGUGCGGCGACGUCCCAAUCUGGAUCGACCUCACCAAAUUCUCGGCCGACAUGACGACCAUCAAAAAAGCCGACUUCGAGAAACACCUGCCUGAUGUCUGGUUGUCGAUGGCAGAGAUUCGCUGCCAUUUUGGCAUUUUCCACCAGGGCCAGGAUGACGAAUGGCUUGCAUGUGGCUCGAUUUCUCUGCCUCGAGUCACGCAAGUCAUGCCGUAUGACGGACAGUUCUUCCAUGAGAAGGCCAAGAUGAAUGUCGUUAGUGGUGAUCAUGUGUUCAACUUUCAACAUCGAAUGUGGCUACCAGAAAUGCCUCGCGUGCACGACUUCGAAGUAUUCAAACCUGCUUAUGAGCGCAAGUGCAAGUUCAAAAACAAUUCGUCAGAGCUGUUCUUCAAGAAAGUACGCGCAAUGAUCGAUCAGGACUGCGACGUCUCCAAAGCAGAAAUUGCUGAUCUGCAAGCUGAGUCGCGCGAAAUCCGGGAUGUAAUGCUGCUCUUGUUGACGUACUACGAGAAGGUUCUGAUGGAUGUAGAUCAGCAUGACGAGCUGUCAUCGUUGGUUGAGAAAAAGAGAGAUGAGGUUAUGAAAUGGACACUGGAAAAUUUAGAAUGGACACAUGAAAUUGGGAGCCUGGUCUGGAAGUUGUCGACACUCAAGAGCAAGGGAGGAGAAGAGAUUGUCAUCGAAGACGACUUGGCUGACAGCUUCGGCGCUUUGGCCGUGGACAACGAUGCUUAG